AUGGGAAGGUGCUUGAGAAAGCACGGGGUAUCGGUGUCGUCGGGUUUCGGGUGGAUUUUUCCAGGUCCGUACCCAUUUGAAAAUCCUGACGACUCCAGAAAUUUCAAGAAAACAAUCAAUAGAAUACUCGACGUUCACUAUUCGAUCCCAGAUUAUGUUAGAGUUUCCAAUGAAUGCAAACAUCUCUUGUCCCGAAUAUUUGUAGCUGACCCGGAAAAGAGGAUAACCAUACCAGAAGUUAAGAUGCACACUUGGUUUCUAAAAGGUGUAAAUGUCGAAUUUGAGCAAGUAGACAAGGAAGCUAAUAUGCAAGUGAAAAAUGUCGAGGAUUAUUGUUCUCAAAGUAUUGAAGAAGCUCUUUCUAUAAUUCAAGAGGCCCGAAAAUCGGGUGAUGGCCCGAAAUUGGAUGCUCAUUUGUUUGAUGGGAGCAUGGAUCUCGAUGAAAUAGACACCGAUGCUGAUAUAGACGAUGUUGAGACGAGCGGGGAUUUUGCUUGUUCUCUUUGA